AUGAGGUUCCCCAUGCCUGGUAAUUUUAAGGUUCCUUGGGUUGGCGAAUAUGAUAGAAGUGGAGAUCCUUCCGACCAUAAGGAGAGUUUCCGAGCUCAUAUCAUCCUUCAUGAAACUCCUGAUGAAAUUGCUUGUCAAGCUUUCCCUUUAACUCUAAAGGGAGUCGCAAAGGAAUGGUUCGGAAGUCUGAGCCCUAAAUCAGUUGACAGUUUUGAUUAUCUUGGGCAACAGUUCCUGGGUCAGUUUCUUGCCACUGGGAGAAGAAAGAAGAACCCGACAUAUCUAUUGUCUCUCAUGCAGGGAAAAGAUGAAUCUUUGAAAGAAUAUUUGUCGCGAUUUAAUCGGGAGAAGUUGACAGUGGAGAGUACUGACGAGCAAACCAUUCUCUCGGCAUUGAUGCAUGGUAUACAAACCGAAGGGCCUCUGAUGGCCGAGUUGUCCAAAAGGCCAAAGACAGGAACUUUGCGACAGUUCAACAGCAAGGCCGAGGAAUUCAUCAACCAAGAAGAAACUAUCUCGGCAUUGCUGAAAUCUAAAGCUGCCGAGAGUAAGUUUGCUGCUGAUCCGGUUAUGACAAAACCAAGAGUUAUAAUCGAGAAGAAGAAAAAGGACAGUCAAAAUCCUAAGGUUCAGGAUAAGAAGGUCGGUCUUUUGCCUCAUCCAAACCAGCAUCAACAAUAUGUGGGAUGGACAACCUUGAAUACAACUGUUUAUAGGGUGUUCAUGGAAGUUAAAAAGGACCCAAGUUUCCGAUGGCCGGGAAGGAUGAAGUCUCCUCCCCAGCACCGCAGUACUCAGAAGUUUUGCGAGUAUCAUAACGAUCAUGGGCAUCAAACCGAGGAUUGUAUUAGUCUUCGAUUCGAGAUUGAAAAAUUUCUGAGAAAUGGGAAGUUACUGAAUUUCUUGGCUGAGGAAAAUAGCAAGGGAAAAAAUAUUCAGGAUGCACAGGGACAGCAUUCGGGUCAGAAUAAUGAUCGGUCACGUAACCAGAGGCAAAGGCGAGAUGAGCCGAGGAUUUCGCAGAAUCAGCAGCAAAAUCCUCAGAACCAAGCUAUUAUUGGCGAGAUUCGCACCAUCUCAGGAGGUCUGGCUAGUGGAGGAGAAUCAAGCUCGGCAAGGAAGGCUUACGCCAAGCAGGCUAGAAUGGAAGAAAUCUUCGCGCUGGAAAAACCCUCCAAGAUUCAGAAGAGGGAACCGAGUGUUUUAACAUUCUCGGAGGAAGAUGCGAAAGAAGUCUCGAUGCCACAUGAUGAUGCUUUGGUGAUAAUUUUGACGGUAGCUAAUCAUGCCGUUCACCAAGUCUUGAUAGACAAUGGAAGCUCGGCUGAUAUUAUUUAUUGGACAGUUGUUCAACAGUUGGGCAUUGGCCGAGAGAAGUUGAAACCUUUCUUGUCAUCGUUGAUAGGAUUUGCAGGUGAGCAUGUCCAACCCAUUGGGUUGAUUUCGCUUCCGGUUACAGCGGGGACUGCUCCUAGACAAUCUACUAUCAUGGUGGAUUUUUUGGUCAUUGACCAACCAUCGGCUUACAAUAUGAUCAUCGGUCGCCCGGCUUUGAAUCAGCUGAGGGCAGUCACUUCCACCUAUCACUUGAAAAUGAAAUUCCCAACCAUUGAAGGGGUCGGAGAGGUUAGAGGGGACCAAGUUGUUGCUAGAAGGUGCUACAAUACAUCUUUGAAGAAAUGCCCAAAGUCAGCACUAUUGAUGAUCGGUAGUUUAGCUGAUGAGUGA